GUUUCUUUCCAGGUAGUGAGGUUGGGCUAAACGGUCUGGGGUUCGCAUAUAAAACCUACUCCAAAAACGACUUCAUCAUAGCGUAUACACACACACACAAACACACACAGUCUCCGUCUGUCGAAGUCAAGAUGCUCGGGAGCGAUGUACUGUUGUGCUUCAUCUUCUACAGCACGCUUCUAAUCUUAAAGAUGUACAUAAUUGCCAUCUUCACGGGCCAAGUGAGACUUCGGAAAAAGGCGUUUGCUAAUCCAGAGGACGCCGAUAGACACGGAGGUGUGCAGUUCUGCCGAACUGAUCCAUAUGUGGAACGCUGUAGGAGAGCACACGUCAAUGACAUGGAAAACAUUUUACCCUUUUUAUUUCUCGGAGCCGUCUACUCCAUGACAGGCCCCUCGUAUGCAGUUGCACGACUUCAUUUUCUGGUCUUUUUCCUGGGUCGAGUUCUACACAGCAUCGCAUACCUGUUGGCACUCAAAGCACCGACACGUUCAUUCGCCUAUGUCAUCGCUCAGGUGCCUUGCGUUUCAAUGGCAAUACAGAUACUCAUGGAAGUAGCCUCAUUUGCAUGACCAUCUCAAUAAUGGACUUCUGUGAUUGGUCAAGACUUAUGAUUACAACUGUGAUGCAGAAUGCUGCUUUAUGGACUUACAGCAUCUCAACAGUAACAGAAUUCACAUUUCACUUUAACAUUAGACUUGAUGAUUUAUGACUGACAAUUAAUAACUCUGUUCUUAAAUCCUAACAUUCAUUGCUGUCAUUUUAGGACUGGACACUACAGUUUGUAUUGUGUUUUUAUGUGCAUUGUCAUUUUAGCAUUCAAAUGAAGGUUAUUUAAUGUGA